UUUUGUCAAAUAAGGUUGUAUGGUUCGUUUAAGUUCCAAAGAAGGAAUAUAUUGUAAACCAACUCUAUUUGGGGUUUACCAGUGAGAUAUAUAUGUGUUUUCAGGAUGUAGAUUACCUGGUAUCUGGAUUAUGAGUAAACAGAACAUUUGAAGAUUGGUUCGAGAUCACAAAAGCAAUGGCAGCUAAGACCCCACCGGAAUCUUCAUACACGCCCGAGAGCUUUAAGCUGGAAACCAAGCUGAUUGUCCUCAACUUCCUAGGCAUAAAUCCCCACGAUUCUCCAUCUCAUUCAGAGAAGUCCAAGGACUUGUUCAGGAGAUUUUGCCAUUCUCUCCCGGUGACUCCAGACUUCAACAAGCGAUGCAAUCAUAAAGCAGGUCUACGCAAACAGAAUACCCUCGAUCAUCCAACCCAGGAAGACAGGCCUCAAUCAUCGUCCACUUCCAUCACAGAGCAGCAGAAGAUCCCAAGAAGGAAGGCCAGAUCCCUGGAAACUGUGAACUCAGAACAUUUUGUCAUGAUAGAUAAUCAUGAUGGUCAUGUGCAAGUGACCAAAGAAAAAAAUUCUGUGUCUUGUGUUCAUUCUUUACCCCAAAAAAGAAACAGUUUCCCAGCCUUCCAGGCGGAUGGUGAAUUGUCAGGCAUUUUACCUCAAUCCAAUAAUCUCAAGUCCAGUGAUUUAUUUCCUGACAAUUUGGUAUUGCACCCAGAGUCUUUGUUCCCUUGCCAUCAAGAACCUGCCCUCAUUACACCCAAAUCAGCUGGAUUUGAACCCAGUUUUGAGGAUUGGGCAAACUUGGAGCCCGCUGUGCCAAAGUCAGAAGACAAUGGGCCACCAGUUAAUCUGACAGAGAAUUCUAAGGAGAUGGAUGAGAUUGUGGACUCUCUUUUGUGUGAUGUGGUGAAAGCAGUAAUUGAGAAAGAAGUCAAGCAUAGGGGUAUAUGCUCUGAGGUAAUGGAUAGUGAAGUUGCUGUUCCCACUUACCAGCAGUUUGACAGUGAAGAGAACAGAGAAAUUCAUGUCUACACAUACAGUGACAGCGCUAGCUCCUCAGCCACAAUGUCUUCCUCCAGUGUCUCCAUAGACAACAGUGGCCCCUCCCCGGGGAGUGGGGACUCUGUCACCUCCCACGAGAUUGAUGGCUGCUGCUGUAGUCACAUCGAAGGCCACACCCACUCAGCCAGCGUUAAUCCAGGGGACAGGACUAGGCUCCACCUCCACAUUGUCAAUCAAGCCUGCCCUGCAUUUGAGGAGAGUGUGGAGGACUAUGUGAGGGCAGAGAUUAGGGAGGAGCUGUCCUCACUGGAGUCAGAGAUUGAGAAAGCCAUGAAGCUGAAUGGAGAGAUGAUGUCCCCCCUUCUGACCCCACCCCUUACCCCCCAGACCCACGCUGCUCGCGUCUUGGCCAGGAUCGGGGACGAGGUACGUGCCAAGUACGAGUUCCAGCUGGACGACGUGCUGUACCGACUGUUCCUGAGUGGACAGGAGACGUUCUCCUACGAAGUGUUCCGAGACAUGGCUUGUCAAAUCGUGGACCACAAUCUCCCAGGGUGGAGACAGGUAGCGUUCCUUCUGGUGUAUGGACAGAGUGUCGCAUGGAGGGCAGUGGAAACAGGACACACAGGGUUACGGAACCUGAUUGAUUACACCACGCAGCUCCUGUCUGAUUACGCCGCAGACUUCAUCAUCAACCAGGGAGGAUGGGGAGCUGUGAUGAAUAUAGAUUCGUCUGACAGUACACCAGACUUAGAGACUGACCACCCCCUUCACGCCAAGCAGUUCACCGGCCAAUCAUAUACCUUCUACGAAUCAGUGGCCCUGUCAAUCAAAGCCAGUGACAUCUUCCCCAACCACCAGAACAUCACCUGUAACAACAGUAGUUUCCAGGACCCCGAGGUCAUGUCCAUUUACGCAGACCAGGGUGGGGGUCUAGAGUCGCUUUCCACAGAUACCCCCUCCCAGAGUAGUUCCGAAGAGCAGCAACUCAAUCAUGCUCCAUUUGCUACAUAUAUGUCUAGUCAUGCGUCCGAAACUGAUUUUUAUGCAGAGAGGUUCAGAGACUUGAAUGACAUUGCGUACCAUAGGUUCUACAAUAACGAUCGUCUGGGUGAUGUGGUAAUGAUAGGAGUUAAUGUUCUUGCAUUUUGUGGAAUUGUCUUUCUUUCAGAAAGUAUGAAAUAUCACUGAAAAUCCACCAAUGAAUUUUUGUUAAAAUGAAUUCAGUUCUUUCAUUGAGUUGUUAAUGAGUAUAUGUGGUAUUUUUUGUACCAUGUGGAAAGUAUGUUUGUGAAUGAAAAGGUUGCUGAUGUUUUAUUGUUCCACUGUCAUUAUAAUCUGAAUAGUUUUCCAUUUGAUGUACAGAACUUUUGCUGACUGUGUUUAUAUGUCCGUCCAUUCACUGCCUGUCUGUCUUUGUGUCUGUCUCAAUUUAACAAUCAAAAUAACCAUUCACUGCUUUAAUUGUCCGAAUUGUUAAGUAAAAAUAACAGGUGUCAACAUGUUAACAAAAUUUUUAUUUAGAAUUUCAUAAAGAUGAUUGACUGUGUAUUUAAAAUAGAAAUACAUUACAAAUAUUUUUUUGAAUUGUAAUUUUAUUUUGAGUAAACGUAAGUCAAUCUUUUAUAAAACACAUUGAACUUCAAGCAAGAAAUUAUUUUAGGUAAAUGUCUAAAUGCUUGUUGGAGUAUAUUGCAGUGUUUUUCUUUUUUCUUUUGUUUCCAAAUUAUCUCAAUUAUCAUAGAUCUUGCAUUCCAAUAUGAUUGGCUUGCUUUAUUUACUUCAUAAGUUGUUGAAUCCAAUUCUUGUUCAAUUAAUAUCAUUUCAUGAUACUAGAUCUACAUGACUGGGAUUUUUUCGUGAUGAAGUAUGGUACAUGUCUUACAUGUACAUGUAGAAAUAAUGUUCCUUUGAUCCAAAUAAAUGUAUUUAUUGUGAUAGUUUGCAAGAGACCACAAAAUAUGCUGAGGAUGAAUACAAGUUAACUUUAUAUUUUAAAAACAUCGAGAAAAACAGAACUGUACAGUAACUUGAUAUCAUAGAUGUUCUGGCUUGUACAGUAUGAGAUGUAGUUACGGUGACAGAUGAAACUUUCAUGACUGUUUUAUGACUGUUUUAUGGCUUUGAAGAUUUGUUUAAUGUCAUUUGGUUUUCCAUUUCAGAUCUUUAUUUUGUUAUAGUUUACAUGUAAAUGUUGUUUAAUAAGUUAUGAACAAUCUUAUUUGUUCAGUUAUUUUUUGUUUUUGUUUUGUUACCAUUGAUAUGUUUUAUGAAUAAUAACAUUCCAUUUUAAUGUUUAUAUCAAAGAAAAAUGACACUUCUGAUAUUUUUUUGUACAUUAAAUGUUUAUCAUAAACUUUAAGAGAGUGA